CGACACCUCGCCAGGCACUCAGUUUUAAAUCCGCUGCCUUUUUUUUUCCUCCCCUCAAUGUUACAAAGCCUGAGAGCUUCUCCUUUUUCCCAUUCGUCUCCUGUCACUUCCUUCCUGGAGGCUUUCAGGACGAGUCCGGUUACUUUCCAUCCUGCCAGCAGAGAAGCCACUUUCCAGCCUGUGCCUGGACACACAGAUCCUCUGCUACUAGUGGAUUGAGUUUGUGCUCCAGCCCCGCUGCUGCUACUGCUGCUCCUGCUCACUGAAUCUAGUGGGGACCUACAGUACUCAAGGGUGACAACAAGAUCCCUCUGCUUUUUUACCCCCCCCCCUUCUUAUUGAUCCUUAUAAGAAGAGGACAUCUCAAGGACUGGUGACAGCUGCAGAUGCCUCAUGCACGAAUGACGGGAUCUGUGAAUUGAAAAGUGCAAAAAAAAGAAAGUGAAAGAAUUGUUGAAAGAAGGAAGAGAGAAGGGAAGAGGAAGGGAAAUACAUAGCUUCAAGGACGAGGGAAGAAAGGAAAACGGGGACUAUGGGGAGAAAAAAGAUUCAGAUCACGAGGAUAAUGGAUGAACGCAACAGACAGGUGACAUUUACGAAGAGAAAGUUUGGGUUAAUGAAGAAGGCUUACGAAUUGAGUGUUUUAUGCGACUGUGAAAUUGCUCUAAUCAUCUUCAACAGCACUAACAAACUGUUCCAGUACGCUAGCACCGAUAUGGAUAAGGUUUUGCUCAAAUACACAGAAUACAAUGAGCCGCAUGAAAGUCGAACUAAUUCAGACAUUGUAGAGACGUUAAGAAAGAAAGGACUUAAUGGUUGUGACAGUCCAGAUCCCGAUGCAGACGAUUCAGCAUUGAACAAGAAAGAAAACAAAGCUUGUGAAAGCCCCGAUCCAGAUUCCUCUUAUGCUCUCACCCCACGCACUGAAGAAAAAUAUAAAAAAAUUAAUGAAGAGUUUGAUAAUAUGAUCAAGAGCCAUAAAAUACCUGCCGUUCCACCUCCCAAUUUCGAGAUGCCAGUUUCUAUCCCAGUGAGCAAUCCCAACAGUCUGGCGUACAGCAAUCCAGUUGGUUCUCUGGGGAAUCACAACCUUUUGCCCCUGACCCACCCAUCAUUGCAAAGAAACAGCAUGUCUCCUGGUGUGACACAUCGACCACCAAGUGCAGGUAACACAGGUGGUCUGAUGGGUGGAGAACUCACUACCGGUGCAGGCACCAGUGCAGGUAAUGGAUAUGGCAACCACCGUAAUUCACCAGGUCUGCUGGUCUCACCUGGUAACCUAAAUAAAAAUAUGCAAGCAAAGUCACCGCCACCAAUGAACCUGGGGAUGAAUAACCGCAAACCUGAUCUCCGAGUUCUGAUUCCACCCGGCAGCAAGAAUACUAUGCCCUCCGUGAAUCAGAGGAUAAAUAACUCUCAGUCUGCGCAAUCACUUGCUACACCAGUGGUUCCCUUAGCAACCCCUACUUUGCCAGGGCAAGGAAUGGGGGGAUAUCCAUCGGCCAUUUCAUCAACAUAUGGCACUGAAUACUCUUUAAGUAGUGCAGAUCUUUCAUCGCUCUCUGGAUUUAACAGCAGUGCCCUUCACCUUGGCUCAGUUACCGGCUGGCAACAACAUCAUCUGCAUAACAUGCCGCCAUCAGCCCUCAGCCAUUUGGGAGCUUGCACUAGCACUCACUUAUCUCAGAGUACAAAUCUCUCCCUGCCUUCUACUCAAAGCCUCCACAUCAAGUCAGAACCUGUUUCUCCUCCUAGAGACCGUACCAACACUCCCUCGGGAUACCCACACCACACGCGCCACGAAGCGGGGAGGUCUCCUGUUGACAGUCUGAGCAGCUGCAGCAGUUCGUAUGACGGAAGCGACCGAGAAGAUCACCGGAACGAUUUCCACUCCCCCAUUGGACUCACCAGACCUUCGCCGGACGAAAGAGAAAGUCCCUCAGUCAAGCGCAUGCGGCUCUCUGAAGGAUGGGCGACAUGAUAGAAUUAUUAUAUAUUAGAUUUUUUUUUUGCAGUGUGUGUGUGUGCUAUACCUUAACGGGAAUUGUAGGGAGGGAGGGUCGAUAUACAUUAUAUGUGCCGUGUGUGUGUGGGGGAAAAAGUCAGGUACUCUGUUUUGUAAAAGUACUUUUAAAUCGCCUCCGUGAUCCAGGAUAGGGGUAAGGAAAAAAAAACGAUAACAAGCUUAGCACUUAAGCUGUACAACAGAAAACUUGUACAAAAAUAGGUUUUUGAAGCUAACUUCUUUUUCACUGUUGUGCUCCCUUUGCAAAAUGUAUGUUACAAUAGAUAGUGUUAUGUUGCAGGUUCAACGUUAUUUACAUGUAAAUAGACAAAAAAAGGAGACGUUUGCCAGAGGUGGCAGAUCUUUACCGAGAGAGGAAGCAGCUGUUAUGCAACAUAUGGUGAUGUGUAUAGAAGUUUUGACAGUCCCGGCAUUGGGCGGCUAUUGAUACCGGUAAUAUGGCUGGGCCACCCAUUGUAGGUAGACUAACCAAAAACACAAGCAUACUAAGAAAGUAUGGACCUUAUUUAAAAACCAUGAAUAUUUCAUAACGGACCAUACGGAAUGCUGUGUUUUGAGAGCUUACAUAUGUUAUUGUUAGGUUCCGGGUAUACACCGAUUAAUAUAUAGUAAUAUAAAUUAUGUACAUUACAUUUUGCUUAUUUUCAUAUAAAAAAAAAAGUUAAAGUUUGCAAAGCAUUUGUGGCUUUUUGUAGGUAACUUAAGCCAAAAUGUAUUUGUUUUUUUUUUUUUUUGUUCCUUGAUAGCUUCGCUAAUAUUUUACAAGUCCUCAAGAAAAAAAAAACAAAGAUUAAGGGUUUUUUUUGUAAAAAAUAAAAAUAAAAAAAUUACCACCCCAUGCCAUGAAGAUCUCUACGCUUUUGCUAAUCAAGAUAACUGUUUUUUUUUUUUCUCUUUGUAGAAGUUUCUUUUUUUUUUUUUGAAAUGUGUAUUUCUAAUGAUAUUAAAUAAUAUUAAGAAUCUUUAAAAAAAAAAAAAUCUGUGAAAUUAACAUGCUUGUGUAUAGCAUUCUAAUAUAUAUAAUAAACAUGGAACUAGCAUUUUUUUUUUUCUUAUCUUAAGAGCCGGGAGGGAACAAUGAUUAUUUGUGCGCAUGCACACGUAAUGUAUAUGUAUUUGUUAACUUGGCAUGCUUUUUGCAGAUCCAAACUCAGCUGCAUCACAAGAAUAAAAUGCAAGGUUGAACGUUGCUGGAAAUAUUUUAAGUAAACCUAUGUUUGCAUUCAGUUGGGGGAACUAAUCUCUACCGUGCAUAAUAAUUAUAUUUAUUCUCCUCUAUUUUAUACAAAAUACGAGUAAGAAUUUAUUAUGCCUCGGCUCGGAUAUUCAGUUUCCGAAUCACUUUUCUCAAUGUAGCAAUGAACCUGCGCCCCUGUCCUCUUGUUAAAAAGAAUCUUUACAUUUUGAUGUGUCCUGAAUAUGCAAAUAUAACCAAGUGAGUUUACGAGUAAUGUUAGCGGUAACGGGUUUUUUCUAGGGAAUUAUAAAAAAAAAAUAGCCAUACUUAACGUAUACCUAGCAUUGUGUUUCAGAAACACAAGAAAAGCAUUCUGUAGUAAAGGCAGUUUGUCAUUUUAAUGGCAUUGCAAAGUCAUAUAACCAGCAGAAAUAAGUAUGUAAGUGCAGUUUUAGAAGAACUUUAGGGCAGAAUGUAGGAUUUUACCAAAAUGGGACAAAAUCGGAUAGAAACAGAUGAAAUCGUGUCCUUGGGUUUCCAGCGAAGGUGGUGUAAAGGGAGAAUGAUCCCCUUGAAUUAGUUAAAAAAAAUAGCACAACUUUGUGAUGGGUCACUUUCUGUAAAGUAUAACUUUUUACAUUUCUGAGAAGUACUUUGCCAAUUAUUUUUUUGGCAAUGUUAAUUUUGGUGUUUAUUGCAGUCCCUUUGUAUUGAGUGAUACCGGGGCAGAGCCCCAAAGGAAUUCAUUCUUACCUUAAAUUGACCUUUUAUUAAAUUAAAAAUAACGCCAUGUUCAUUUCAAAGCAUUAUUAACCCGGGUGGCUUUUUUUUUUUUACUUUCCUUUUUAAAUCUUAUGAUUAUACACGUAGAAACCUGAAGAAAUUUUUUUUUUUAAAGGAAACAUUGCAGAUCGCAUAGAUUUAUAUGAAAAUGUGCAGUUCGGCGAUAACAAAAGGAUUACUAUAAUUUCCGUAUGAUUUUACAAUAAGCUGCAAUAAGGAAAAUAAACCCAUAAUCUUAAAAAAAAAAAAAAUGUCAGUUCUAAUAAUUGCAUGUGCGUCUUAUCUUGAAUUUUAUUCCCCUCCUCUAUCGUAGAUAUAACAAUAUAGUGUUUUGUUCUUACCAUUGUGUUUUUCCCCCAAGGAUCCUAAAUUAUAUGUAUUCUUUCCUUUUUUAACAAGCCACUUGAAACUGAAUAAAGGCGGUUGCCUAACCACAGAGUACUUAAUUUGUUCUCGUUUGUGCCAUCUGCUGUGAUGCAAUCACCUUCACAGUGUUUUUCUGUUUAUUAUUUUUUUUUAUUUUUUUCACCCACUCCGGAUUUCAUGAAAGACUGUUGGAAUACUUGUUAUCUGUUAUAGUAUUUUCACACUGGUUGUGCAGUAAAGCUUUUGUUAAAUUAUUAUACCCAAAGACAUGGAACGCUCCAAGUUUUCAAAAGAAUGUUGCGUUUGUAUUAAAUGUUCUAUGCCGGCAAACAAUCCUCUGCUUUAUAGAUCGAGUGUGCGAUUUUGUUGGCUAUCCAUAUCUCUUAUAUGUAAAAACGAUUAGUGCAGGGAAAUCUGAUAUUUUUAAAACUUUGGAUUGCUGCCAGUUGGUUUUAUGUGUAUAUAUAUUUUUGGAAAGUUUAUUUCAAUUUAAAAGUAGUAUUUAAAAUCCAAAUUUGGUUAAGAAGGCAGAUUACGCAUAUAUAUAUAUAUAUAUAUAUAUAUAUAUAUAUAUAUAUAUAUAUAUAUAUAUAUAUAUACAUCCAGGCAAACAGAGGCUUACAGCGGCAUAAGCUGGACUUUGUCGCCCCUAGAUGACAAGAUGUAUUAUAACUAAGUUAAAAACAUCUGUGUAUCUCAAGGGACUUAAUUCAGCUGUCUGUAGUGCACAAAUAAGGAAAAAAUAUGAAGACGUUCUGCUGCUGGAAUCAAGGUAUCAUUUGUAUUUUGCGGAAAAAUAAGUAAAAUGACUGUCUUUCAUAGUGAA